GAGAUAGGGAUCGGGACAAGGACACGGUCUGGAGCGAGGACUGGGAUCGGCACUGGGAGUGCGACAGGGAUAAGGAUCGGGACCGGGACCUGGACUGGGAUCGCUAUAGAAUGGGGAACAGACAGACGGCUUGUGUAGGAUUGUCGUGUGGUGCUACCGUGAAUCAAAUACAGGACAUUAUUUCACGCAACUGUGUGGUGAUUUUCUCUAAAACAACAUGUUCAUACUGCAGUAUGACAAAAAACCUCUUUAAGCGUCUGAAUGUGAGUUACACAGCUGUGGAACUGGACCUAAAUAGAAAUGGAAAGCAGUUCCAAGACAUUCUGGAACAGAUGACUGGUGGCAGAACAGUCCCAAGAGUGUUUAUCAAUGGGACUUGUGUUGGAGGUGCAACAGAUGCUCAAAGGCUUCAUGAGGAAGGCAAACUGCUGCCUUUAAUUAAUCAGUGUCAAUCAAGGCAACCUUGCUGAGCAACCACCUCUAGCUUCGUCUUCCUUUGUAUGAACAGAGUUUCAGAUGAAAUCAGAAGAUCACAGACACAGCAUGAGCUGCACUCAACAACCUCAAACCAUGGCUUUCUGAAUUACAGAUCACUCUUGACAGACUUUAUGGCUUUGGUGAAUUACUUGGUGUCCUUGCCUCAGCUUUCCCACAAGCCCAAUGGUCAUUAGCAAACAUUCUGUAACUCUUGGGGCUCUUAGUGAGACAGUGAUGUCACUUCAUGGUGAUUACAUCCUGUUCCAGGGAAGCCCAGGCUCUGCAAAAAGAAUCCUGUGGGUUUUGCUGCACAUGAGUUUGCUUUCUAGCUUUGUCUCAAUAAAUUGUCAAUUUUAUUUAAUGGUUUCUUUAAAUAUAAUUAUUCUGUGUCAAACUGAAGUGUAAAGCAAACCCAGUUUGCAGUGAUGCUGGUGUGUGCAUGUCUGCCUCUCCUGUACACCAGUGCCUGAUCACCCAGCUCCCAAAUCGUGUGUCCAAUGGAACAGAAAAGGGAAUAAAGACUCUGGUGGCUUUA